UCGAUCAGAACCGACUGUCUGCUCUUGCUGUGAUGCACACAAACACACCGACUGAUUCACGUGUGAACUUAUGGAGUACACUCACAUCUAUCUGCUGUGGAUCGCCGCUCUGAUGCCAGGGCGGCGGACCUGCUUUAAUAUCGAUACCAGACAUGCAAAAAUCAUUAAGGGGUCGACGGAGGCUCAGUUUGGAUAUACGGUUCAACAACACGAGGCAGACGGCCGCAAAUGGCUCCUGGUCGGAGCUCCCUUUGAGAGCAGCGGUGAACAGCAGACAGGUGACGUCUACAGAUGUCCACUAGACAGCAAACCUGCCGCAAACUGCACACGACUGCAUUUAGGAAAGAUAUCCCUGAACAAUGUGUCUGAACGCAAAGAUAAAAUGAGGUUGGGAAUGACUCUCACCUCAAACCCGAAAGACAACAGCUUUGUGGCGUGUGGGCCGCUGUGGUCGUACGAGUGUGGAAGCUCCUACUACAGCACAGGCAUCUGUUCAAGAGUCAACAGCAGCUUCAACUUCACCCACAGCAUCGCUCCAGCCUUUCAAAGAUGCGAGACCUACAUGGACAUAGUGAUUGUGUUAGAUGGAUCCAACUCCAUCUACCCCUGGUACGAGGUUCAAGAUUUCCUGAUAAAUGUGCUGCAGAAGUUUUACAUCGGUCCAGGACAGAUCCAGGUAGGGGUGGUCCAGUACGGUGCGAGAGUGGUGAACGAGUUUCGGCUGGAUGAUUUCCGUACGGUUGAGGAGGUUGUCGAGGCAGCUAAGAAUGUGGACCAGCGAGGCGGAGAGGAAACACGCACAGCUCUCGCAAUCAGUGAGGCUCGAACUCAAGCAUUCAAACAUGGAGGACGUCCAGACGCCAAGAAAGUCAUGAUUGUCAUCACUGACGGAGAAUCGCACGACAGCCCAAACCUUCGGAAAGCCGUGGAGGAAAGUGAGAAGGAUAAUAUCACCUUGUACGGUAUUGCGGUUCUUGGCUACUAUAAUCGGCGAGGGAUCAAUCCUGAAGCUUUUCUGAGGGAAAUCAAGUUCAUCGCCACCGACCCCGAGGAGCACUUCUUCAGCGUCACCGACGAGUCUGCCUUGAAGGAUAUCGUCGAUGCUCUGGGAGAGAAGAUCUUCAGCUUGGAGGGCACCAACCAGAAUGGCACGGCCUUUGGUUUGCAGAUGUCUCAAGCUGGAUUCUCUUCACAUAUCGUGGAGGACGGGAUUCUGGUUGGUGCCGUCGGGGCGUAUGAUUGGAACGGAGCUGUUCUUAUGGAGACCCGUCAUGGUAAAGUCAUCCCAGCCAAGUCCUCUUACAUGAAAGAGUUCCCAGAGGAACUGAAGAACCACGGAGCGUAUCUGGGGUACAUGGUGUCAUCGGUGGUCUCGGCUCAACAUGGUCAGCUGUAUGUCGCUGGAGCCCCUCGAUUUAACCACACGGGGAAGGUCAUCAUCUUCACGCUGACCAACAGCGGCAACCUCACCAUACUGUACUCGCUCUACGGACAGCAGAUCGGCUCAUAUUAUGGAAGUCAGCUGGCACCGAUUGAUCUGGACUACGAUGGAUUGACGGAUCUUUUACUUGUCGGAGCUCCCAUGUACUUCUACAAAGGGUGGGAGAAAGGCCGAGUUUACAUCUACACCAUCAACUUACAGGGCUCUUUUAUACCAGAUGGGAGUCUUGGACCAUCAGAAAAGAGCCAUGAUUCUCGGUUUGGUGCGGUUAUGUCCACCCUUCCGGACUUGAAUGGUGACGGCUUCACUGAGCUAGUUGUGGGUGCACCACUGGAGGACAAUCACAGAGGAGCCAUCUACCUCUUCUACGGCAAACAAAACAGCAUCCAACCCAAAUACAAACAGAGAAUAGCCGCUGGUGACAUCUCUCCAGGUCUGCGUUAUUUUGGCCGCAGUGUUCAUGGGAUGAUGGAUGUGAAUGGAGAUGCGCUCAUAGAUCUGUCCGUGGGCUCUUUAGGGGCCGCGGUUCUGCUUUGGUCUCGCAGUGUCGUCCGCGUGGGGAUCAGCAUUCAUUUUGAGCCUUCAAAAAUCAAUGUUUUUAAUAAAGACUGCACUCGAGGAGGUCGAGAAGUGUCGUGUAUGUUGGCCACAGUUUGUCUGAACGUCACGGCGCGGACACCGAUGACGGAUCCAAAAACAGUCGCGCUGAGGUACAGCUUUGGUUUCGAGGAGAGCAGAUAUUUCCCCAGAGCCGUGUUGGACAGCACUGAAGACCCGCAGCCCAGAGACAUCACCCUGCGGCCGGACUCAGAUUACUGCCUGCAAGUGCUCUUCCACGUCCAUGAAGUGACCGACUACACACGACCCCUGAUCUUCACUGUUAACAUCGGCCUGCAGAGCGCAGAUGAAGGGCCGGUGCUGGACGACGGGUGGCCCACCAGCCUGCAGUCAGAGCUUCCGUUCUGGAACGGUUGUGAUAAUGACGAUCAGUGCGUUCCCAACCUCGUCCUGCAGAGCAGCUCUGAUCUGUUAGACCGCAGGCAGUUCUGCGGGCGACGCGAGCGCUCCUCGUGGCCGGUGUGUGUGCAUCAGAGGACGAGCGGCGAGCGUUUGGUGGAGGCAAGCCGGAGGAAAGUUCUGGUGGAGACGCGUUUGGAGAACCAAGGAGAAAACUCAUACGGCACGAUCCUGCACAUCACGCAUUCUCCAAACCUCCAGUUCUCCAGUCUGGUGCUGAAGGCACCUUCAGACAUUGCGAUCGAGUGCCCGAACUCUGAUGAUACGAGUCUCUACCGAACCUGCAACGUCAGCGCGCCGUUCAUGAGGUCACAUGCUCAGGUGUAUUUUCGACUGGAGUUUGAGUUCAGCAGAUCUGUCUUCUUGAACUUCGUUCAGGUCACGCUGAAGGUCUCCAGUGAAGGUGAAGAAAUGUCUCCAGAGGACAACAUCAAUGACAUUUAUCAUAAUCUGAAAUAUGAGGCUGAUAUUCUCUUCACAAGAGGGUCCAGCCCGUCCCGUUUUGAGAUCAAACCUGAGCUUGAUCGGAGCCUCAGUGUUGGGACCGGACCGCCCUUCAACCUCUCUUAUCAGAUCCAAAAUCUGGGCAUGUUUCCCGUAUCUGAGCUUCUCUUCACGCUAAACAUCUUCGCUGUGACCAGAAACGCAAACGCUCUCCUGCGCCUCUCAGACUUGGGUAUCGAUCAG